UAAUCUAUGUCGAAAUCUUACCCACCCUCACAAUAUCACAUGCUUAGUAACAUCACAACAGCAUACAGUGAACAUCUAACCAACGUAUCCAUGGAGGAAAUAAGGAAUAAUCCCAAACGGAGAAGAAGUCACUCUCUGAAUUCAUUGCAUAGUGAUGAGACCCUUGAAGUGCGAUUGAAGAAUGAACCUUACGUUCAUCGCACUAACAGCGGCUCUUCGGUCGACUUUAGCAUGCACUUGGAUUCGGAGGAGAGGCCUAUGGAUAGUGGCAUCUGUGAUAGAAUGUUCGAAGGUGAUAUGCUGGUUGUGUUGGAGCAGAAGAUUGAUCGGCUGAAUGAAAUGUUCCUGGAGCAAUCCCGGCUGCUGACUGCCAUGAAGGAGGAGAUCCGCAGCUCCAAGGUUAUGAUGGAGAAAACCGAGUUUGUUCACAACCAGAUAUUGGUCGAUAUGCUGAAGAAUACUAUUGCGCAAAGAGUAAAAAGUAUAGAUAUGGUUGAGGCCAAUGGUGAUAGCAAUGAGGCAGUGAACACCCGCGCCAAGACCCUGCUCGACGCCAUCGAGUCCAAGAAAGAGGCGGCCAUCGACUUCGACGUCAGGGCCAGCCUCAUCAGCUUUCUGCAGAGUGGGGAGCUGAAAGAGCAGAUGGUACGUGCGACCUCAGAGUCAGUUCGUGAGCUGAUCGCGCGCUCUUUCAGGCGCGAUGUGUCCACGCUGUACCUGCCCGUGCUGGAGCGCUCGCACCGCCGCCUCAUCGGACACAUACACCGGAUCAUUGAACAGGCGUUUAUUGAACUGGAAGACAAGUCGUCCUCCCUGUUUAAGUCCGUGUACAAGACAUCGGGCGCUCUGCGGCGGGCGCUGGAGCGGCACCAGUGCCUGCUGGAGGCCUCCGCCGUGCCCGACAAGAACAUCAUCAGCACGCUGCAGGAUACCGUGGAGGAGUUGUUUCAAAAAGAGCUUAAAGAAUGGCGGAAGAACUUCACGGAGAUGUUGUCGUCUCGCCUGCAGUCACAGCCGCUAGCCGAUGCCGCUGUUGAAUUUGUGACACCGCUGGACUAUGCUCCUCUGAAGACACCGCAACCGGCCAGCUGCGAAGUUUCGAUCAUUGAUCAGAUGAUGCAAAAGGCGCUUAUCAAGAAGAAAAUUGAGGAUGGUGACGUGAACGGAUCGUUUGAGCUGGCGCUGUCUGCUGCAGACCUGACCCUCGUGCUGGUGGCCUGCAAGGCCGUGGACCCAGCCAAGCUCUUUGCCGCUCCAUGCAGCUUGAAGCAGCACGUGUUGCUAUCGCUGGUACAGCAACUAGCCACAGACAUGCUUCAGGAAACAUGUAUCAAAUGCGUAUUCAUGGAACAGGCAAUAUUAAACUUAGACGUUGGCAACCCUGACACUCGCGCGCAUCUCCCGCUCGUGGUGAGCGAGGUCCACAAGCACUUGUCCAAGUUCCUCGCGACUUACCCCAACCACGUCGCCGGCAAACGAAUCAUGUUGAUCGUGAUGGCUGCUAACAAAUUAUUACUAUAAACAAUAAGAAACAAAUUAUUUAAAAUUAUAAUUAAACGGUCUUAUUCUGUCAAUAAAUUGAGUUUAUUGUACAAUCGAACAAGACCCGAAUGAAAGUCUGGAUUGAACCCCUAAAUUGUUGAUUUUUACCUGAAUAAACAGGAGUGAUUACGAAAAA